AUGUUUCCGGGCGUAACUCGACUCCUUAACGGAAAACGCAUGGUCGGCAUGAUGUCUGACGAUGAAGGGAACAGAUUACUUCCGUUGAGGAUCGAGUAUCAACCAGGAUGUAUCAUCCAAGUCGUUACCGAGAACACUCCUGCCCCUUCACCCUCGCCUUCCCCCGCCCUUUCUUCUCUGCCUUCACCCGCUCUUCACCCAAAUACCCCAAGCCGGACUUCAUCUCAGCAGCCAACACCCUCCACUCCCUCAACCACCACAACCACUGCCCCCGCCAUCACAACCACGACUCAAUACGACUCGUCAAAGACAGGAGAGCUCCUUCGACGAGCAUCCAUCCUGGAGGCGCCCAACAUUUCCGCCAGCGUGAAGGAGGAGUUCUGGACCUCAGUCGCCUUGUAUGAGAGCUUUGUCCAAGCAGUUCGGAGCGGGCAAACUGAGGACACCAACGUUAUCCGAAACGACUUCCGGACCCAUCUCACAGCACUCGAGGGCGAGAUGGCCAAGAACGCCGAUCUGCAGCAGCAGAUGUUUGAGAUGCAGCAGAGUAUGGUCCAGAUGCAGCGGCAGGCUCUUGAUCGAUUGGCGGUCAUCCAGAGCCGGGUUCAAGCGAUUUUGGUCCAAAACUAUGAGCUACAUGAGUAUCCUAUUCCGCGGCUAUUUAUUGUGCUCCCCAAGGACCCUGCAAGGUGGGAUCCGAUUCGGUUGGUGCAGAAUAAGUUCCGGCUGUUCUUUUUGUGUGAGUGUGGGGAGCAUACUCGCCUGUGUCAAAAUAAUAGCAACAUGAACCCCAGCGGCAACACGCAGCAGCAUCACAUCCAUCUGGCCAAGCAUGAAGGGUACGAUAUUGAGACGCCUACCGAGUUCUUCCGUCGAUAUGGACCCUAUAUCCUGGAUAUGCUCAACAUGAUCAAGUACGGAGCCAUGGUUGCGGGGCUGACCGUCCCUGCGCUGGUCCCACUCAGAAUGACGGCCAGUGUCGACCAGCUCAAGGAUUCACUCAAUCACUUUUCCUUCAACAUCGAGCCCAGCGUCAACCAGGCGAUCAACUAUCUCCAGUCACUGUCGACGGCUCAGAAUCCGCGCAAAGGGGGUCUCGCACAGGAUACCGACAAGGGCCGAACCUAUAUCGAUGGAUUGGAGGCAUUGGAGGGGGCGGAUUUGCGACGACUGGGAACGUUCCUGAAGAACAAAGAUUCCUUCCAGGUGCUGGGCAACCUCUACCGGACCGUGACCUCGGAAGGACAUGUCAAGUGGGUCUGUCUUGACCAUUACCGCUCAUCCUACAACAAUGCCGCCAUGAAGGAGCUGACCGACCUUGUCCAGGUCAAUGGUGGAUCUUUUGAGGAGCAUAUAGGCAGGGUCGAGAUCUCGCUGUCGAGCAGUAUCAUCGCAGGACAGUUUUAUCGGGCCAUGGAACGCGGACGAUUCAUCCAUGAGCUGAAGGUGGCCCUGACUUGGGAAACGACUGUCAACGAUCUCAAGGCGCUUCGGGAUACUGUCCAUCGAUCUAACUUGCACUACCUGGACCUAUCGUGCAGAAACGCGUCAUCGAUGACCACCAUGUUUGGGAGGACUAAGGUGUCGAACCCGCUCUGGGAGUUGAUGAUCGAUGCCAAGUUGCACACGUUCAUCUUGUCCGCCUACAGAGGCUUCUUUUCCGACACCAGCUUCUCAGCCAGGAUGACGGAUCUGCGGCGCCUCGAGAUCUCGGAUCAGCUCAACUGGAAGAAGGAUGGGCCAAGACUGUUAGAUCUGAUCCGGCACAGUCAGAUGCUACUAGACCUGUCCAUCGUGUGCACUGAUCUCCCCGAGGCUUACAUGGCCAUCACGAACGCCUUCGGCACCGCCUCUGUUCUAGAAAGGCUGUCGCUCCAGUCUGGACCCCUGAAUCGCAUCCUUGUCCGACACGAGAAGGGAAGUGUUGCAUCACCAGGAGCAGUCGACCUCUGGGUAUCCGAUCCGUCAAGUCCCUUGCUGACCAGCAUGACCAACCUUCGCACCCUCCAGAUCCGGACCGAGCUUCACAUCCCUAUCGGAAAACACCUCUCGACCUUGACGACCGUCAUUCUCAAGAACCCAAGCCUCCAGGAACUGUGGGUCCGUUGCCAGUUGUCAGAACUGUGCGAAGUCUUCGAGACCGCCCGUGCUGUGGCCGCAACAAUGGGCACCAUGACCAGUCUAAAAGUGUUACGAGCCUACCGGGGUCACAUCCAGCUCUUCACAUCGAACCUACAGGAUGGCACAGCAACGGCCCUCGAACUACUCUCCUCAGAACCCAACCCGGCGCUUUUACCACCCAUCCUCAAGAGCUACGGGAACCGCCUGAGAAAGUUCAAGAUCUCCAACGGCAACCACUCCGUACCCUUCUGGACCGGUCCAGCCAUCGACCAGGUUCUCCUUCUAGGUGACGUUUCCCGGAUCCAACACAUCGAACUACAUUGCUCGUCUCUAACAGAGCCAGUAUGUCGGGCCUUACUCUGUGUGCUCAAGCACCCGUCCUUCCCCCCGGCACCGAUCCAUUUCUCGAUCAAGGUCGAUAUCGGCGUUAACAAAUUCAGGCUCUGCGAGGAGAUGGCCCAGUUCAUUGUCGACUGUUCUCGUUGGCUGACAGAGGUGCUUGUCGACGUUCAGGAUCUGGAGAGGUGGAAGGAAGCCUUUCUGGCUACUGGAAAGAGACCCGUGUUGCAAGAGAGUAUCAUCAAGACGUAUGAUAACCAACAAGCGGUUCGGAUGGAAAUAAAGGUGAGCACCGGAGGUUAUAUAUAUGGUGCCUCAUAA